AUGGAAUCCUCCACGGGGCCCAGGAUGCCUUUGCUCAAAUACUGCAGCGUGGCCACAAGCCUGAAGGCCCCUGGCUGGGACGGUGCUGCUCCACUGUGGGACCUUUCCUUCACCUACCCCUUUGCCCUCCAAGCACCCUGGCUCACCGGGCACAAGCCCCUCGCAAGGCACACCUCUUCUUGCCCGUGUCUCCACAUUGCCGACCCAGCAUGGCAAGGGCCUGGCUGGCUGGGAAGAGCUGGAGAUGCUGCCAACACAUGGGUCCUGGCAAGACAGGAAGCAGAUGGCUUUUACUACUGGGCUCAAAUAAAGCCUGCUCCUGAGCUGGAGAGACAGGGGGUCCUGCUUGUGGAAUUUGAGGCUCCUCUUGUCGCAGGCCCAAAGCUGCCAGCCCAGCAGCAGAGAGUGGUCUUAGAAGAGGAUGUCAUUCCUCUCUCACCAUUUGUAGGAUACUUACUGAGACCAGGGGCCAAGGUGCUGACACUCUGGGAGCCAGGACAACAGCAGUAUGGCCCUGGCACUGUUCUUUUGGGCUUGGAGAUGAGAGAUCCCUGGAGAGCAUCAAAGGAAGAAGAAAUCACUGUUCAUUUCUGGAAUGGCAGCGCUAAAGUGCCCCUAGGUGGGGUCCAGUCGGUGUCCCUGGCCAUCUGGAAGAAGGCUGUGGAGAGGCUCCACAAGUCUUUCACCAGGGAGCACCCCAGGCCCCUUCACUGGGCUCCAUGCUGCUCUCUGCUGGGGCCAAUCACUGGGCGCAUCACUAACGAGCUUCCUCCGGGCGCUCCAUUCCUGUGCCCUCUCUGCCACCCUCAUGCCUGCUGCCAGCUGCUGUGCCAGGGCUGCCUCUGUGGCUGCCCCCCAUGUGGCACCACUUGGUGGCCUCUAACCAAGACCUCAGAAGUCACAGCCAGAGAACUUCCAGAGUUGGAGCCCCCAGCACAGCUUUUGCCCCUGGAAGGUCCUAAAGAGGAAAAAGUAGCAACAUACGCUCCCCUGGCUGUUUCUUCCUCCUCCUCCUCCUCCUCCCGUGAAUAAGACAAUGUGGAGAAUGAUCUGGAGAUGGGCCCUCCCCAGAGACUGAUGGUAAACAGUGCAGUCAACACAGAUCCCAUCCUUCUUGAGACUCCUUUGAGGCAGAGUGGCCUCUGCCAGCCUGAGUGGAGGUAUUGGAGGAGAAACGGGCCUGAGCCACGCCCUGGGAAGCCAGGAACAAGAUAUUCCAACAUCUGGAAAGAAGAAAAGGAUCACAAACAGCAGAGAGCACAAACUGUAGUAGUGGGGACUACCACAGAGCUGGUCUUGAAGGCAACCAACAAGAAGCCACUGCAGACCCCACCAGGGGAAGCUGAACACAGAAAGCAGAGUCAGAGCCUUGCAAUAGGUCCGUGGAACAAGAAUUCCCCUUAG